AUGCUCAGCCAACAGAUAUCGACGACGGGACUGCUGGUGCUCGUUGGCCUUGCGACGUCCUUCACUGGGCUGCCUGGAGCAGAGGCGGCGCUGGCGACGCAGGUUCGCGUCGUGGAGCCCACCGUCCCCGGUACAUGCCUCGUCAAGGCCGUCAACCCCUUCUUGCGGGCGGUCUACAACCACUGCCCGCCGCCACUGACCGACAUCAAACGCAUUCGACCCUAUCGCAACCCGCCGCGCUAUCCAUGGACGCACCCUGUGCGCUGCCUCAAGACCAAAGGCAGUGAGGAUACCCCGCGAAAGGGCUACGACAUCCGGUACUGCCUGUACUCGGACUCGGUCUUGGGCGGACUGCAUGGCGUCAGUCUGCUCACCGCGCCUGAGAUUGCCGCCGACGUGGUCAGCGCCGACGCCCUCGAAGACCGGCCGUAUUAUGGCGGAUCGCGCCACCGCGACUUUGUUCCGGGGCCCAUCAACGGAGCCUACACGAUCCAGCCCACCCCCGGCAAGGGCCUCGGUGUCGUGGCGGCACGCAAGAUUGCACAGGGCGAGAUUGCCAUGCUGGACCUGCCGGCCGUGUUGCUCAGCAAGGCGUUUUUGGAGGACACGGCACCGUUGCCUCGUCGGCGGUUGAUUCGGCGCGGCCUUUCGCAAUUGCCCGCGGAAACUCAAAAGCGGGUGUUUGCGCUGUCGAUGAGCACCGGCGGCGACGUCGUGGAUGCCAUCCUGGGCACCAACACCAUCAGCCUGGCGUUGGGGAUGAAUCAGCUGCAUCUCGGUCUCUAUCCUGAGCUGUCGCGAAUCAACCAUGCCUGCAACCCAAAUGCCUAUUACCGAUUCUCGCACCGGACGCUCUCAAUUGAAGUCGUGGCCUAUCGGGACAUCCAGCCCGGCGAGGAAAUUACCAUCAGCUAUGCCCAGCUUACCCUGUCCCGCACAGAGCGUCGUGCGUUCCUGCAAAACAACUGGCACUUCAACUGCAGCUGCUCGCUUUGCCGCGCCGACCCAGACGCCAUGACCCUGUCCGAAGACCGCCGCCGCGACAUGCGCAAACUGCAGGCCACCCUGGUCCAGGCCAGCCGCAGCGGCGAGUACGACCUGGCGCUUCUGACCGCCGAGACACUCCAAGAGACCACCGAGGCCGAGGGCGUCACGCCGCUGCACGCCGAAAUGUACGACAUCGUAGCAUCCAUCCACUUGGACAUGCGCAACUUCAACCAGGCUGAGCGCUUUGGCCACAUGGCCCUCGAAGCAUGGGAGCGGUUUGACAGCGUGGACGACUCGCAGUUGGUGGCGGCGCGGUGGUUUUUGGCGUUUGUGGAACAGGCGCGCAGGGCGGACGAGGCGGAGCGGCUGAAGCGGGAGCGAGAUGCGGCGGACGAGGCUGCGAUGGAGGAUUCUCUUGAGGACUUCUUUUAG